AUGGCUCCCUCAAAACGUCAAAAAGUCUCCAAAGAGAACGGCAACAUGGCUCACGCAUGGUCCGAUCUCCCGUCCGCGCUGUCCGCAGCGCUCCCCAAAGCCAACCAGGCAGCCAAGGAUGAUGCUCAGUUGAAGUCAUUCACCCUCAGUAAUGCCAUCGAAGCUCCUGCUACCUUCGGUAUCAAGUCGGGUGGAUCAGACAGUGCCGUACUGGUGACGGUCACCAAUGGAAAGGCCGACAUUCGUUCCGGCUCGGCCAAGGAAGCCCUCUUCACCCUCAACGCCCAGCCUGAGCAAUGGCAGGAGUUCAUGAAGCAGACACCUGUCGCCCCAUACCAAUCUUACUGGGCUUAUACAACCCCAGCGAUCAGACGUCAAACCGCCAAGACCGCCCAAACUAACAAAGAAAAAGGCAUGUUCGGCAUGAACAUCAAACAAGAAGGCAUCUCCGUCGAAGGUGAUCAGACCGCUUUUGCGCACUGGACUCACGUCUGGCGCCGCAUCCUCGAGCUCAUUCACGAUGCGCAUGCCGGUCCCACGCCGGAAGACUCCCAAGACGAGCCUGUUGAAGAUCACAUUGUCGGUCGAUACACGUACAUCACCUCUCCGCUGUGGGGCAAGUGUAAAGUCUUCUACGAGCAAGCUGGCGAGGGCGAUGUGGAGAUCGUCUUCUUGCAUACCGCUGGAAGUGACUCUCGUCAAUACCACGGCGUGAUGAAUGACGAACGCAUGCGGAAGAGGUGUCGCAUGACGGCUUUCGAUUUGCCGGCUCACGGUCGCAGCUUCCCGUAUGAGAACUACUUUCCUGGCUGCCACACCAACAACGAGGAUGCCUAUAUUGGCUGUAUCGCCGCUUUCGUCAAGAAACUCGGUCUGAACAAGCCGAUCAUCUGUGGUGCUUCAAUGGCUGGACAGAUCUCCCUUGCCUGCGCCGUACGCUAUAAGGAGGUCGGAUGUGCUGGUACAAUUCCAUUGCAAGGCAGCGACUACCUCAAUAUGGAUCGCACAUGGAACGACAGGUCGCCAUACGUCAACCAAUCCCUCUUCGCUCCCGAGUGGAUCUACGGCAUGAUGAGCCCCACAGCUCCUUUCAAGAACCGGCAGCUCGUCUGGCACAUGUACUCCGCCCAAACCUAUGGCCUCUUCCACGGCGAUCUCGACUUCUACUUCGGCGGUUGGGACGGUCGCGACCGCAUGGCCGGCAUCGACACCAAAGCCUGCCCAGUAUACAUGCUCACAGGCGAAUACGACUGGUCCAAUACUCCAGCCAUGUCUCAAGCUACUUGCGACAAGAUCCCAGGAGCCAAGCACAAGGCUAUCAAGGGCGUGGGUCAUUUUCCGGCAACGGAGAAUCCGAAGGUUUUUGUGCCGAGCUUGUUGGAGGCGAUUGAACAUAUUGUCUCGACGAGGUCUUGA